UCAUCAGGUGUCUCCACUAAUUGUCAAUCAUCACUCAAUCAUCAAUCAAUUAUCUCAUUAACUUUAACACUGCUUCAGUGUUACUUUUUCACUUCAAUGUUACUUCUUCAGUGUGUAAAAUAUAUAUAUAUCUCAUUAUAGUCAACAAUUGUACGCGGUCAAAGCCAAUUUUGUAGGGUCAAUUUUUGUACUGUUAAAUAAAGGUACAAAAUUGUCACUAAAGGUACAAAAAUGGUCUCUUAAGGUACAAAUCACAAGGGUACAAAUUUGUACCUUUGUACCAUUGUACCCCUAAAGGUACAAUUUUGUACUUUUAUUUCUGAGAGUGUACUGACAAAUGCUUAGAUGAGGCUGAAUCAUAAAACACUGUCAAAGGUUGUACAUUCACAAUUGCAUUACUGAUGCUUUCAUAAAAAAAAAUUCAUAAAGUCCUUACUACCUAACUGUAAUGGAUUAUUCAGUUCAGAUGAUGUCUCUUUGUUUGUUAGUGAAAUUUUGGAAAAUGUUAGAACGAAAAAAGUUAGCUGGAUUUGUUACUGAUUUACUGAAAUUACAUUAUAAUGUUAUAAAACAACAUCUAUGGAAACACAAGGUCAAUUCUGAAAGAUGAACAUUGUGUAAUACACGGCCCCUCUGUGAACCCUCUGAUCUCAGGGAGUGGCUGUUUGUUUAACAGUGAACAUUUAACUGGAACAUGCGUUCACAUGCAGUUGGCAAGCUAACUUUACUCAGGCAAAUUUGAGCAAAAUUAAAUAUUUUCUUUUUUUUAUUCUGCACUUCUUUUAUUUUUCGAGUGGACUCGCUGUGUUGUUGAAUUGUGAAGGUUAUCCUGAUCGGAGCAGGGUUUAUAGAUUCAUUCGCAUAUAAAGCUGAGUGCUAACACAGAUGCAGACUGUAAAGUGUGUGAUCGUCGGGGACACGGCUGCGGAAAAAACAAAGCUUCUGAUCAAAUACACCACCCCUGCUUUUCCCAGUGAGUACGUCCCCACUGUGUUUGAUGGUUAUGCUGUCACUGUGAUGGUCGAUGGGAAUCCAGUGACCCUGGGACUGUUUGAUACAGCGUCACAGGAGGAUUACGACAGGCUUCGACCACUUUCCUACCCUCAGACGGAUGUGUUCUUGAUCUGUUUCUCUCUUGUGGACCCGGACUCGUUUGGGAGCGUCCGUGAAAAGUGGUAUCCAGAAGUCAGACAUCAUUGCCCCAACGCUCAGAUCAUUCUAGUCGGGACUAAACUUGAUCUGAGAGACGACAAGGACACCAUUGAAAAGCUGAAAAAGAAGAAACAAAUCCCCAUCACCUGCCAUGAAGGCCGGGCUAUGGCUGAAGAAAUAGGAGCCGUGAAGUACCUGGAGUGCUCAGCUGUAACACAGAUGGGGCUUAAGACGGUGUUUGAAGAGGCCGUCCGGGUGACUCUGGACCCGUCCCUGGUGAAGAAGAGAGAGAGAAAGUGUUUACUUAUCUGAACUGACGGACACACUGCAACAUCUGAGAGGAGAAGACAAUGGAGGCAAGAAUAAUAGGAAACUGUGGGGUGAUUUUUUUUUCUUCUUCUUUUUUUGUGAAUAUGGAUCAGUUUACUGGUUAUGAUUUAAUGGCACAUUGUUGUUGUUGUUUUUUAAUACAUUUGUCUAACCAGGCACAUAUUAGUUUAUAUCAACAAAUUUUGGUUUGUUAAAAAAUAUAUUGGCUUGAAUAACUAUAUAUUAGUUUGUUCAAUUAUUUAUUGUUUAGUCAAGUAUACCCUAGUGAAAAACUAUACUUAAGCACAAUUUAUUCAUAUGCACACUAUAAAUUGGUAUACUUAAACUAUGUUAAAUUGAAACAACUCAUUUUGUAGUAAAUGCAUUUUAGUUGUCCAAAAGUUCAGUGGAACUAUCCAAGUAUACUUAAGUACACUUUAAAUAUCUACUCUUAAGUUUUGAAAUGCAGAAAUCCCAUUAUCUCUACACACUUCAACUCUAAAUUCCCACAACUGCUCCUGACGUAAAACACAAUGAAAUUAUUUGACAGUUUGACGCUGCGGAUUUAAACGUGAUGCAUGAAUUGAAAUUAAUUUAAUACAUUUUACAUAGUUACUUUUCAUGCAGUUAACAAUUUAUUUGAAAUUUUAACUUUUUUGUGUAAUUUUUUGAGGACUGGUCAGUAUAAUUUUAAUAAUUCAUAAUAUUUUGACAGUCCAAAGGGCUGCAAUGGGCCAUUACAGUAGCAUUAAGGCGAGACACUACAGGUGAAUAGGGAUU